UAAUUUUUUUUUCUGUCACCGGGGGCCCAGUUUCCCCGCCCACUCUCCUCAUUUUAGCCUGAAACUAGAAUAGUGGAGCCAAGAAAUAGUUAAUCUCUCCGGCUGCUGCUAUGAUUGGCCGCUGUAUGCAGCGCUUCAGCCUCCUUGAAUGAGAAACAGGGGUAACCAGGCAACUUCAGUGCUGGAGAGAAGAAAAAAAAAAAAAAAGAAGAUAGAGCUUUAUGGGAUGUUAGAAUUAUGGAAGAAAUUUGAACAUGUAACAAGCAGAGGCAAUGUGAUUUCACCUUGUGCGUCCGGCAAAUGGAAUUAACAAAUGGAUUUUCUUAAACACGCUCUCUCCCUCUCUCUUUCUCUCUCUCGCGCUGGGGGGAAAUAGAGCGCUCAAAUGAAGGGGACACAGAUGUGGAUUAAAACGCAUAAAUGGGACACUCCAGAAAAGCAUCCGCUGAGAAAAGCGCUCGGAGCAAGUGACUGUGAUGGGCUGUCGGACUGCAUCUGAAGUGCUCUACCAAAGAAUAAUAUCCACUCCUGACCUACUGUGAAGAACAAUAUUUGAUUCAAUCAAUGUUGCAGUCUCCCCUGGGGGGAAUUACACCUGAGCAAUAGGUGGACCCUCAGAAAAGAGCAACACUGGACCAUGUGAUACUUGACCUUCACGGAGAGAACUCAGCAAUACCCGGACACCAUGGGCAAACAGUGAAGGAGCGUAGCUAUCUAUGCUGGAUCUUCAUUUAUUGAGGAGUACCAGACGUCUCGCCAUGGAUUCGAAGGAGAUUUUCUCCACCAAAGAGCGACUGUGAGAAAAGACGGGACCGGGGGAAUUGGACACUGGGAGUUGGGAGGAUUAGCUAGUGUGCUGCUAACCCAUGGUGGAUCCGCUGUGAGCAGGACAAGGGACUCAGCAGUGGAGGAUGUCAGCAGAGGCCGAGCUCCAGCCGGGUGUCAAAACCAGCCAGCGAAAGGAGUCCAGGAGGAUCAAAGGUCAGGACCGCAGUGAGGCGGGGCUUAUUAAGCGUUUCCGUGGAGAUGGCGUGCGGUACAAGGCCAAGCUGAUCGGGAUUGAUGAGGUGACGGCGGCUCGCGGGGACAAGCUGUGCCAGGACUCCAUGAUGAAGCUGAAGGGAAUGGCUUCCUCGGCACGUUCCAAAGGGGAGCACAAGCAGAGAGUCUUCCUGACGGUCUCUUUCGGCGGGAUCAAGAUUUACUGUGAAAGAUCAGGGGUGCUCCUGCAUCACCACUCAGUCCAUGAGAUCAGCUACAUCGCCAAGGACACCAGGGACCACCGAGCCUUCGGCUAUGUCUGUGGGAAGGAGGGCCACCACAGGUUUGUGGCCAUCAAGACUGCACAGUCGGCGGAGCCUCUCAUCAUUGACCUGCGCGACCUCUUCACGCUCAUCUACGAUAUUAAACAGCGAGAGGAGAUGGAGAAAAAGGCUCAGAAGGACAAACAGUGUGAGCAGGCGGUUUACCAGACCAUCCUGGAGGAUGAAGUGGAUGAUCCAGUUUACCAGUACAUAGUGUUUGAGGCUGGACACGAACCCCUCCGUGGCCCCCAGUCAGAGGAGAGCGUUUAUCAGGUCCCAACCAGUCAGCAGAAGGAAGGGAUCUAUGAUGUCCCAAAACGCCAUUUCAUGACUAAUAUCAACCACUUUGAUCUUUUCGGCGACAUGUCCACUCCUCCCUCGAUGCCUCCAUCACCUGCCAACACACUGGACCCUAGCAGGAGCAGCCGCCAGCAGCAGCAACAUGCUGCUGCUGAGAUGUACGCCCCGUUCAGCCCCACCUCUGUGCCGUCAGGUUAUAUGACCAUGGGGCCGGUGCAGGCGGCCCAGUGGGCGCAGCAGCCGUUUCCUGCCCAGGCUCAGACUCUGGCCUUCCCCGUGCAGGGGCCCCUCCAGGUGGCUCAGGUCCUCCCUGGUGGUCAGCCGGUCAUCUGGAGCCAGGCCAACAUUUUCCCCGCCGCUCAACAGCAGUGGGCGGCCAUGGCGGCCUACAUGCCGGCCCAGACUGUGGGCGUGGGGGGCCAUGCCAUCCCAGCUGCCAUGCUCCAAGGCUUGGUUCCAAUUACCACCAUGUGCCCCCAAGCCUGCGACCUAUCAGCCCCGUCCUCAGCCAUCACCAGCCCCCAGCACACGGCCGACCCCGCCCUGCUCCAGAGGCAGCUGAGCCUGGGUAAAGAGGGCCUCGGCGCGGACUCGGACGCAGGCGAGGGCCCCUCUACAUCAGGAGCUGGAGCAGCAGGUGUGGGACCUGGCGUCGCGUCAGCAGCGGUGAGCAGGUGUGGGACCCCAGCCCUCAUGAGUGUACCGGACACACUGGCCUGCAGUCAGCUGCUGCCACCUUCAUCUGCUGCUGCCCAGGAAGAGGAAGGGAGCUGUAGCGACCUUGAUCUCUCGAGGAUGACCUUGAGCCCGGGUACAUCCACAUCACCGUCCACUGAAUCACCAUCCACUCCAGCCCCUCAUCAGAGCUGUUCCUCUGACUGCCCCCCAACCCAGGCCAGUGACCCCCCCACAGAUCACUCCCCUGUUGACCCGGAGGGCAGCGCCAGCAACGACAAGGAGGAACAAUCGGGCUCUGAUGUUGCAAGGUCGGUCUCUCCGGCGCCCAGUGGAGCUCCUGAUCCUACGCAGGAUGAGACCUGUGCACAGGAAGACAGCUAGAGAACAACAAACUGAGGGAUGGAAGCUCUCAAGGCCAAGAUAGAAGCUCAUGAGAAAGAGGAAAAGAGAGAGAAGUGACUGUGAACAGCAGCAUCUCACACAGCUGGAUUACACAGACUUGUUCUGUUUUUUUUUCUUUUCAACCUUUAAAGGAUAUUUUGGCAGUUCUGUAAUAAGCUGGCUAUCCUAGGAUCUGCUUUGCUCCAGAGGCCACAUACUGUACUGCACUCCUCAGCAUGACAACCAGACUUUGGCUUUAUCGUCCAAUCAAAUAACCUUUCAACCAGGAAGUGACCUUUGAUCUUUGACCGAAACCUACAACAGGAGGCGAUUGCUUCCUCCUGUGAUGGAUUUAUAUCUGUGAGGAUAUGUGAAAAGGCCAUGGUGACACUGAUGAUGCAAAUUAUUUUUUGGAGACGUUCAAGAAGGAGCAGCGUCCUACCGUAUGUGGUUGACCUUCAUUUUGUCAACUGCCACCAGCAAAGACUGUGCGCAGCAGAUGGAUUUGCCAAAUGUUCUCAUAGUGUUGCUCCACCGACUCGACCAUUUGCAUGAACAGACUUAAUGUGGAUUCAGCUGACUCGGCUGUGAGCAAAACCGUUCUCUGCAGCUUCCUCCUGGGUCUGAAACAAAUCAAAAGAUAUGAGUUUUCUUUUUUCUUAUUUUAUAAGCUGUGAAUUCUGAGUUGAUGACACCAAGUCAUUAGGGAUAUCGAAAUGACUUGGAGGCAUCAAUGUCAAAAUCAAAAUUUGCCAAACAUCUAUUUUGUAAAUAAGAAACUCCCCAGCCCCCCAAUACCUGAGCCUCUGUGCCAUAACAUAGCUCUCUGCCUCUUGGAUGCCAACUACCUGUGUUUCUCUCAAGCAAUGCCCUACCAGCACCUCCAUCUUUGACGUCUGGAUGUUUGUUUCGCUUUUGCAGCCAUUUUCUUUGUUUGUUUUUUUUUUUUUUAAUUUCUGAAAAUGUCUUUGUUUCUGUUCGGUCGGUGAGAUAUGAACUGUGAAUCUGUGUUACAUGGUCAUUCAAAAUAAAGCCUGCUGAACCUGUCUCACUUACUAUGAACUUGAGAGAUGAAAGAAACGAAGGGGUUGAAACAAAAAUCCUGCUACUUCUAAAAAGUCACAGACUUUUUUAGUAACAGGACGCAGAUUUUCCUGCAUCUCUUUGUUUUUAGAUAUUCUACAUUUCCAACUAAGGUCGCAUUGUUUACAAUUUGCCUCUCAAAAAUCAUAUCUCUGUUUGGUCUCUUGGACAGCAGAGCAGAAUAAACCCAUUCUGAUAUGACAUGGCUUAAAAACCACAAGCGCACAGACAGUAGAGUGCAUUUCUAUGCCUUAUCAGGUUUAUUUUUGUUGUCGAUUCACUGUUCUUCUUGUCAGUUCCUUGUAUACAGUAAAGAGGUCAUUGUUGUAACAAAGCACUUGGGCAUAUUGUAGGUCUGCUCCACCGAAUCAAAAUGGUCAAAAAUGAAGGAAACUUUAUAUAAUAUGAACAAUAGAGAUACCACUAUUAACUGCUAGACUUACAAUAACAAAAGGUAGCAUAACUGUACCCCUGCUCGUGUAAGAAAAAUGAGAAAUAGUCCAAAAAUAUUUUGUAAAUUUUAUUUAUGGAAUUAAGAAUCGUCAUGAAAAAGAGAAAAAAGGACUUUUGUACGUCUAUGACUUCCCCAUACACUGUACCCAUGCCACUGUUCAGUCACAAAUAAAAUAUCAUGUGAUUCCCA